AUGUAUGGCCUUAUUGCAUUCAUGGUGGUUUUCAUUGCCAUCAUCGGUCGGCUCCUAGUCUGGCCAGUUGUCAAGUACUUUCUUGACCCAAAGGGUCUUCGCAAGUAUCCUGGCAUGACACCGCUAUCGGGUAUCAGCAACAUUCCCUUCAUGAUCAAGGCUUCGGGGGGGUACAGAUGUGGACGAUUGGCAGAACUGCACAAGAUUCAUCCAGUAAUCCGCACAGGGCCAAACUCACUCUCCUACGGGCACCUGCAUGCGAUAAAGGAUAUCUACGGACACGGAACCAAAUGCUUCAAGGACGAUUUCUACGACGUCUUAUCCGGCACACAUUUCAAUGUUGCCGACGUCGUCGACAAGCAUGAGCACCAGCGAAAGCGUAAGGUUCUUUCUGCCGCGUACGCCAUCAAGAACCUUGAGAGCUGGGAGUUCAAGGUUGUUGACAAGGUGGAACGCCUCAUCAAGCAAUUCGAUGCUCGUUGCACUCUGCCUCUGAAGGCGGGCACAAUGCCCAUACCGGAGGAGCUGAACGUCGAGUUCAGGGCAUGGGCCAACUUCUUUACCAUGGAAGCCAUUGUGGAUAUUGGCAUGAGCAAUAUUCUAGGCUUCCUAGAUCGAGGAGAUGAUGACACCAAAGCAGAGGGCCUGGACGGCAAAAUUCAAACUGCUCAUUACCGCGAAGCUAUUCAUUCCAACUUGACAGCCCAGUCUCACCUCGUCUGGUCCUAUGACUGGUUUGAGAUACUUCAAAAGUUUGCCGCCAUCUUCUCACCAAAGUAUCGAAAACUCUUUCGCACGGGUAAAAGCUUUGAUGGCAUUGUGAUGCAUCAGACCCGUGAGCGACUACGUCGUUACCAGGAUGGAGAGAAACUCGAUGAUUUCUUCCAAGCUUUGAUGGAAAGCAAGGAUGGAACACCAAACCAUCUUCCAUUUGGCGAGAUCUUCGCCGAAAUGAGCGUCAUGUUAAACGCUGGGUCCGUCACCACCGCCAUCGCCAUCACAAACGUCAUCUACCUUCUCCUGCGUCAUCCGGAUGCUCUUGAAAAGCUCAGGAACGAAAUUGAUAGCGUGGUAGAUGAGGACGAAGUCGUGAUCCCAUUUGACAAGCUUAGAGACCUACCUUACCUUCGUGCUUGCUUGGACGAAAGUCUUCGCCUCUUCCCUCCUACAACAUUUGGGCUGCCUAGAAAGACACCACCGGAAGGUUGUACUAUAUUGGGUGAGUUUGUCCCAGGAAACACAUCUGUUUCCAUAUCAUCGUACGUCGCCCACCGAGAUGAACGAGUGUUCCCUGAUGCAGAAGCGUUCAUCCCGGAGCGGUGGCUUGGGGAGGAGGGCAAGAAGCUACAGCCAUACUUCAUUACCUUUAGUGCGGGUGCCAGAGGCUGUAUUGGACGCAAUAUCAGCUACCUAGAACAAACUGUUCUGGUAGCAUCGCUGGUUCGUCGCUAUGAGAUGGCGUUACCUUCACCGGACUGGAGGCUGGAAAGGGUUGAACACUUUAACCUAGUGCCCGAGGGUAUGCCCAUGAAGAUCUGGCGACGAACAGGGUUCUAA